UCAUCGAGCGUGCACAAGAAUCGCUCGUGAACGUUUGGACCCAUCCGCGCGGUUCUAACCUAGCGUGAAUCGACCAGACGAGCCCUCGAACUUUCACCGAUUAUUUGUUGUUGUUGUCGUGAAUCACUAUUCCGAGUGACGUGGACACGUUUGUGAGAACAUAUCUCGAUCUCUUUCCGAGAUGAUCGUAAAUUGACUUGUGACCAUUAGAGUUACUCGAAUAUUUUUUAAACUUUCGACUCGAAUUACUUCAGAAAAAUGGGCGGAAGCGGAUACAACAGAAGCAUCUUCACGUACGAGACUCUGGUCCACGCGAUAUCCGGUGCAGCCGGUAGCGUCGUUGCCAUGGCAACGUUCUUCCCGUUGGACACCGUACGAAGUCGCCUGCAACUGGAAGAGGGACGUGAGUCGAAGAACACACUGGCGACGAUCCGCGAGCUCACCAUGAAGGAAGGACCAUACACCUUGUACAGAGGAAUGGUGCCUGUCCUCCAGAGCCUCUGCGCCAGUAAUUUCGUUUACUUCUACACAUUCCACGGCAUGAAGAUGCUUCGAACACGAAGAAAUCAAACGGCUGGAAACGAUUUGCUGGUCGCUUCCAUUGCUGGUGUGAUCAACGUCCUCACCACGACGCCAUUGUGGGUGGUGAACACCAGACUAAAGAUGAGGGGAGUCGGCCAAGCCCCAGAAAGGAACAACAACGAGUACAGCACGUUGUACGAUGGUCUCCUGCACAUUUGGAAGUACGAAGGCCUGGGCAGCCUGUGGGCAGGGACAUUGCCAAGUCUGAUGCUCGUCAUGAACCCAGCCAUUCAGUUCAUGACUUAUGAAAGCAUCAAAAGGAAAGUGACCGCGUCGUUGCACGGCUCCCAACCACCUGCAUGGAUGUUCUUCGCCAUUGGUGCCAUAGCGAAGGCCGUUGCCACAGCGUUGACUUAUCCGUUGCAACUGGUUCAAACGAAACUUAGACAUGGCCACAAGUAUCCAAAUCUUCCGCCAAAAGCCGGCACGUUACAGAUACUUUUAUACAUAUUAAAAAAACACGGAAUAGCGGGACUGUACAAGGGAAUGGAAGCCAAAUUAUUGCAAACGGUUUUAACAGCCGCGUUGAUGUUUCUGGCUUACGAAAAGAUCUCGAGAUUCGUAUUUCGUAUUCUCUUCCACAGACCGAUCUUAAGAUAAUGAUUCCCCACUUGCACUGAACAGUAUUAGCCGGGAAUGUUAAAAUUCAUCCGGUUAUUAAUAACGAUUAGUGACACAUUCAACGAGAAACGAUAAUCUAUUCUCUGAUAACAAGCAACAUUUCUUAGUGCAAAACAUAAAAGAAAUCCAUGUCGUUCCUUAUGAACGACAUAAAAGUUGUCUUCGUGAAAUAUUGACCAUUAGACUGCGUAUUUUAUGCAUUUCGACCAUCCAGAAAUAUACAAGAACAAAAUGAAAUUAAAUAAUAUUUUUUGAAUUAAGCUUCCAUUAACUUUUAAGUUUAUCUCUUUUUCAUGUCUGCCCACAUAGUCUCUACGAUAUAUUUAUAAAUAUGCAUGAAUAUCCGCAGUCUAAUUGUCGUUUAAGAAUUCUAUAAUACCAAUCGAGAUGUCGUUGACAUCCAUGUUGAAGGUUUUUUUUGUUUUCGUUUGUUUAACCAACAACUGUCAACGCAGAACGAACGGGGGGAAAUAGAUAGAGAGACAAUGCAUCGCGUUUCUACGUUAGUCCGGAAAAUGUAAGCACGGGCAACGGGAAUACUGGCGAAUUUCAGGAAACCGCAUUUCCGAUUUCAGUCGCACUUCCGUCGUAAAACGAGCCGGUCCGCGUCGCCGUUGCCGCGGACACGCGCGACCAGGUCAGAAUGGAACGGUAGGCCGAUCGAGCGCGUAACCUCUGUCGGUCACCGAAGCUUGACGUCGAAGAAAACCGAGAACCGAUCGUCGAACGCGAUACUAAAACUCUGGAGCAAACUGAAACUGCGCAAGGAACCACGGAAACAACCAGUACCGGAUACACGCGUGUCGCUGACUUCCGUGUAGGUUUUUGAAAUAAUACAAAUCAACAAUGCACUUGGCACCUACUACCUAGAAAGUCCAUUGGAUAUCAUUGUUGUAGCAUUAAAGUAAAUCAAUCCCGACGAUUUAAUAGUAUGUUACGAAUAUUACAUUAUCUGGACGAGACACUGUGAUUUAAAUUCUACAGUCGGUUAAUGAUAUUCCGAUUUCGUCUCGUUAACAUUUAAAAUAAGUUCGUUAAUAUUUGAAAUUGAAAUUUUAAUAGUGCCAAUUGAAAGAAACUGUAGCGUGUAAC